UGAAAUAUUUUCACAGCCUGAGAUUCACCCUCACUCUGACCUAUUUCACCCUGCUUCACUCUGACCUAUUUCACUCUUACACUCUAAGACAAUUUCUAUGGUCAGCCUGACAAGAACACCAUUUAAAGUCCCUAUUGAGCUUGUUCUGCUAAAGCCAAUGAGGUUCUCCAUGUUGGCCUUGGGCCUGGAGACUAGGAAAAAAGUAAUAUUUGACUGAAGCCACCCGUUUUUAUUAACCCCUUCCCUGGGCUCUCUUCAGCCUUUGAUGAGGGGCAGAGCAUAAAGUGAUUUGAUCAGGACCAAAGGGUUGGGUUAAGCUCGACUGAAAUAAUGAGGGAAGUUUGAUCCUCUGGAGAGAUCAGAAGUUUGACAGUUUGUUCAAUGCAACAUGCAAGGAAGGGAAACCAAAAGACCCCUCCCCCAAAGACUAGCACUGUAGCUGGGGCUAGAGGUCAUAAAAACCACUGAGGUCAUAGAAGCCUCCCUCUCUUAUUCUGUCUCCCCACUGCCAUAUAGUCCCCCGCCCCAGCUGCCUCCCACAUAUGCACACACUUACAUAAAAAGGUUGGGAAGGGCCAGACACCAUCUGGGAGCACUUAGGUACCAAAAGGGGUAAUGUGGGUGGAGGCAAUGAUUGCUCAGGAUGUAGAAUGCAUAGUAGUAUUCCUAGUGCUAGGAAUUGUAGGUGGGAAGAGGGGGGAGAGAAACAUGGAAGAGGGGGUUUGUUCCUGUUGCUGAUUCAGAUUUAACCCCAAUCCUUCUUACUUCCCAGUCCUCCUUUCCCCCCUUCCACACCCUCCCCUCAAUCUCUCCCCCAAGUGUCCUCCCUCACCUCCAAUUGAUCAUGGCAUCAGAAGCUGAAAAAACAUUCCAUAAGUUUGCUGUCUUCGGAGAAUCAUCAAGCAGUGGCGCUGAAAUUAACAACAAAAACUUCUCCAAGCUGUGCAAAGACUGUGGCAUCAUGGACGGCAAGUUGGUCACUUCCACUGAUGUGGACAUCGUGUUCAGCAAAGUCAAGGACAAGGUUGCCCGAACCAUCACAUUUCUACAGUUCCAGGAAGCAAUGAAGGAACUGGGCCAGAAGCGGUUCAAGGAGAAGAACCCAGACGAAAACCUGGAGAACAUUUACAAACUCAUGGAAGGCAAGGAUCCAGCUACCUCUGGUGUCACUAAAGCAACAACCGUGGGCGGAGUGAGCCGGCUGACGGACACCAGCAAGUACACUGGCAGCCACAAGGAGCGCUUUGAUGAGAGUGGCAAGGGCAAAGGCAUAGCAGGACGGGAAGAGAUGAGCGAAAACUCAGGCUAUGUGAGUGGCUACAAGGGUGCUGGCACCUAUGAUAAGAAGAUGGACAGUAAGUAGGGAGUAGCCUCAUCUUAGCCUGCCAGCCCUUGAUUCAACAUCGUUAAUACUGGGGAGCUCAAGAAACAAUAAAUAUCUGUGUG